CGGGCUGAGCCGCCGGGGCGGGGCGGGGAGAGGCGCGGCGCUGCGCGGCGCUGCGCGUCCCCCGCCGCGGCUCCACACCCCGCUAUAAGAGCGGCGGCCGCGGCCGCGCUCCGCAGUGCAUGGCAGCGCCUCGCCCGGGACGCGGCGGCCCCGCCGGGACCCUUCCCCCGGGCCGGACCCGGGCGUCCCCCUUGCCGCCUCGCCCCCCUCCCGGCCGCCGACACCCUUGACCUUGCUGUCCGGCAGCUCGGGAGCGAGAGCGGCGGCAGCCGGGAGGAUAGCCGCGCCGGGUCGCGGAGCUGCCUUGGGAUGCGUUAGCCGGCGGAUCGCACAGAAACAUUUCUCCUAGGAAGGAGAGAGGCAACCUCCAACCGCUGACGGGGGGGGGGGGGGGGGCGGAAGAGAAGGAGGAUUUAAAGAGCAUCUUUGCCCCCUUUGUUGAAUGAGAAGGACGGAGGAGGACCGGCAAGAUGAGCACUAGCACAGUUCCCUAUCAGCAAAACCCCUACACCCCUGGGAGCAGCUCCACCGUCAUCCAGUGCUACCGCUGCGGGGACACCUGCAAGGGCGAGGUGGUGCGUGUCCAGAGCAAUCACUUCCACAUCCGCUGCUUCACCUGCCAAGUGUGCGGCUGCGACCUGGCCCAGUCGGGCUUCUUCUUUAAGAACCAGGAGUACAUCUGCACCCACGACUACCAGCAGCUCUACGGGACCCGCUGCGACAGCUGCGGGGACUUCAUCACCGGAGAGGUCAUCUCCGCCCUGGGGAGGACCUACCACCCCAAGUGUUUCGUCUGCAGCACCUGCAGGAAGCCAUUCCCCAUCGGAGACAAGGUCACGUUCAGCGGGAAGGACUGCGUCUGCCAAAACUGCUCCCACUCUCUCAUCAGCACCAAACCCAUCAAGAUCCAUGGGCCCAGCCACUGCGCAGGCUGCAAGGAGGAGAUCAAGCAAGGCCAGUCCCUCCUGGCCCUGGAGAAGCAGUGGCACGUCAGCUGCUUCAAGUGCCAAACGUGCGGGAUCAUCCUCACCGGCGAGUACAUCAGCAAGGAUGGCAUCCCAUACUGCGAGUCCGACUACCAUGCCCAAUUUGGCAUCAAGUGCGAGACCUGUGACCGGUACAUCAGCGGCAGGGUCCUGGAGGCAGGAGGGAAGCACUACCACCCCACCUGUGCCAGAUGUGUCCGCUGCCACCAGAUGUUCACGGAAGGGGAGGAGAUGUACCUCACAGGCUCCGAAGUGUGGCACCCCAUCUGCAAGCAGGCGGCCAGAGCAGAGAAGAAGCUAAAGCACAGAAGGACGUCAGAAACCUCCAUCUCACCCCCCGGUUCCAGCAUCGGCUCCCCGAACCGUGUCAUCUGCGCUAAAGUGGAUAAUGAGAUCCUUAAUUACAAAGACCUGGCAGCUCUUCCCAAGAUUAAAGCCAUCUAUGAAGUGCAGCGUCCUGACCUCAUUUCCUACGAGCCCUAUCACAGAUACACGUCGGAUGAGACGCUGGAAAGAUAUAGCUAUGGGGAGUCCCUGGGGACCCUCUCCCCAUAUUCACAGGACAUCUACGAGAGCUUUGACAUGCGGCAGAGGCGAGCCUCCAGCCCUGGCUACAUUGACUCCCCCACCUACAGCCGCCAGGGCAUGUCCCCCACCAUCCCAAGGUCCCCCCACCAUUUCUACCGUUCAGGCACCGAGAGCGGGCGCAGCUCCCCCUACUAUAGCCAGUUAGAUGUGAGGUCCUCCACUCCAACCUCAUACCAAGCACCCAAGCAUUUCCACAUCCCAGCUGCCGGCGAGAGUAACAUCUACAGGAAACCACCCAUCUAUAAGCGACACGACAACCUCCCUGCAGCCACGAAAAGCAAAACCAGCGAAGACAUCGCGCAGUCAUCUAAGUAUAGCCCUGCCUACUCCCCGGACCCAUACUACCACUCUGAGUCAGAGUACUGGUCCUUCCAAGGCUCCCCCAAAGCCCCCCGGGCCCGGAGGUUCUCGUCAGGAGGCGAGGAGGACGGGUACGACCGGGGCAUGCACAAGAUCCAGAGCGGCAUCGGCAGGCUGAUCCUGAGGGAGGAGAUGAAGGCUCGGUCCAACUCCUACGCAGACCCCUGGACACCCCCUCGCAGCUCGGCCAGCAGCAGAGAAGCCCUGCACACGGCUGGCUACGAGGGCUCCCUCAACGGCUCUCCCCGGACACACUACCUGGCCGACAGCGAUCCCCUCAUUUCUAAAUCGGCCUCCCUUCCUGCCUACAGGAGGAACGGGCUGCACAGGCCUCCCAGUGCCGAGCUUUUCCACUACGACAGCACGAAUGCCGUCAACUGGGGGAUGCGAGAGUACAAGAUAUACCCCUACGAGCUGCUCCUAGUGAAGACGAGGGGGAGGAACCAGCUGCCCAAAGAUGUGGACAGGACUCGGUUAGAGCGCCACCUCUCCCAGGAGGAGUUCUACCAGAUCUUCGGCAUGACCAUCGCCGAGUUCGACCGCCUGGCCCUGUGGAAGAGGAACGAGCUGAAGAAGCAGGCCCGGCUGUUUUAAAUGCAGCGCACUAUAAAUAUAUACAUACCUAUAAAUAUAUACAUAGAAAGAUC